UGGACGCUGAAAUCAGGUAGAAAGUGAAUUUAAAAACUGUCUCAAAAAUUACCGGGGAUUUCAUAAGAAACUUGUAACAUUUUUAGGACAUAAACAGAACAGGCUGCCUGCAAGUCAACAUGGUGGACUCUCAGUACUACCUGCCCAACGACAUUGGGAUCUCUGCCCUGGACUGUGGGGAGGCAUUUAAGCUGCUGUCGCCCAAGGAGAAGCUGUACGCUCACUACCUCUCCAGAGCAGCCUGGUAUGGAGGUCUGGUGGUGCUGCUCCAGACCUCUCCAGAGUCAGCCAACAUCUACGUGCUCCUGCAGAGAAUGUUCCGGAAACAGCCACCGGCACAGCUAGAGUCAGUUGCCACGGCAGCUGGCCUUAGCCCUGAGGAGUACCAGGCAUUCCUUGUCUAUGCUGCUGGGCUAUACGCAAACAUGGGGAACUACAAGUCAUUUGGUGACACCAAGUUCAUUCCCAAUCUGCCAAAGAACAAGUUCAAGGCACUUGUGUGGCACAGUCAGGCAUUUAAAGAGAGCCCUGGGGAGAUGGAGCAGUUGUGGAACAGCUGCUCUGAGCUCAUCUACUCACUUGAGAACCGUCAGAAACAGCUUGGACUGGGAGAAAAGGGAAUCACCACCUACUUCUCAGGGAACUGCUGUUUAGACGAUGCAGAGCUUGCACAGAAAUUUCUGGAUUCCAAGAACCUGAGUGCCUACAACACCCGCCUGUUCAAAAAGGAUGCAGAGGGGAAACAUUGCUAUGAAGUCCGCCUGGCCUCUGCCGUAAAGAAGGAGUGUGCUGUUGAUGGUGAGGGAGAGACCUGUUGUGGAAAAUACGAAUUUGAGGAUUCCAUGUUUAUUGUGAAAAGAGGUGACUAUGCUCCACUGAUGGAGAGAGUGUGCCAGAACCUGGAGAAAGCCAAGACCUACGCUGCAAAUGAGAACCAGAAACACAUGUUGGAGGAGUAUAUAAGGAGUUUUACCUUUGGCUCGGUGGACGCACACAAAGAGGGCUCUCGCUUCUGGAUCAAAGACAAGGGACCCAUUGUGGAGAGUUAUAUCGGCUUCAUCGAGAGCUACAGAGAUCCCUUUGGAUCCAGGGGCGAGUUCGAAGGCUUCGUUGCCGUGGUGAACAAGGCCAUGAGCGCUCGCUUUGCUCAGCUGGUGAGCUCGGCGGAGAUCCUGCUGCCGGAGCUGCCCUGGCCGACGGCCUUUGAGAAGGACCGUUUCCUCAAACCAGACUUCACCUCCUUGGACGUGCUGACCUUUGCCGGCAGUGGCAUCCCAGCAGGCAUCAACAUCCCCAACUAUGAUGACAUCAGACAGACAGAGGGCUUUAAGAAUGUGUCUUUGGGGAAUGUUCUGGCGGUUGCAUAUGCUACCCAGAAAGAGAAACUAACCUUCUUGGAGGAGAGUGACAAGGAUGUGUACAUUAAGUGGAAAGGACCCUCCUUCGAGGUACAGGUUGGGCUUCAUGAGUUGCUGGGACAUGGCAGUGGAAAGCUGUUUGUCCAGGAUGAAAAGGGAAACUUAAACUUCGACCAGCAGUCUGUUCGUAACCCAGAGACAGGAGAGCUGAUCACCAGUUGGUAUAAGGGCAGUGAAACAUGGGACAGCAAAUUUUCCACCAUCGCCUCAUCAUAUGAGGAGUGUAGAGCUGAGUGUGUGGGGCUUUACUUGUGUCUCAACAAGCAAGUGCUCAGUAUCUUUGGGCAUGAGGGUGAGGAGGCGGAGGAGGUGGUAUACAUUAACUGGCUGAACAUGGUGAGGGCAGGCCUCCUGGGACUGGAGUUUUACACACCAGAGAGCAAGAGCUGGAGACAGGCCCACAUGCAGGCACGCUUUGUGAUCCUGCGGGUUCUGCUGGAGGUGGGUGAGGGCUUUGUGACUCUGAAAGAGCGAACCGGGGCAGACGGCCUACCCGACGCAGUCAUCACGCUGGACCGCAGCAAGAUCCACACAGUGGGCAAGAACGCGAUCCAGAAGUUCCUCUGCAAACUGCAGGUCUGCAAGGCUACGGCAGACGUGCAGGGAGGACGGGCUUUGUACGAAGGUUAUUCCGCCGUGACGGAUGACGGCGCUCACAACUUCCUGCGCCUCAGGGAGAUAGUGCUCCUACGCAAGGAGGCACGCAAGAUGUUUGUCCAGGCUAAUACCAGACUCCAAGGUGACGCAGUGGAGCUGGUGGAGUAUGAAGGCAGUGCUGCAGGCCUCAUUCUGUCUUUCAUCGAUCGUUUCACUGAUGACGCUGAAGAAGUGGAGGCUCACCUCCUGGAGCUGAGCUCCAGAGAUUCCCCCUGUUGGUGCUGAGUGGACACUGCACCCAUAGACCUAUCUCUUCUCACAUACGUACACACACCCUGUGCACAGUUCUGUUAGACAACACUGUAGCUACAUGUUAGGUGACUAAACACAGGGAAUGGAUCAACUUUGCAGUGAGUUGUUAGAGGUUGUUUGGUAAUAAAAAUAUCCACAAACUAGAGGAGAUACUCAGAAGCAUCCUUUAGCAGGUAUAAUACAUUUAGUCUUAUACACACCUUCAGUUUACUCUGUAACGCCAUACAUUGUUUAAUCAGUGUUAACCCAGUUGUACUGUCUCAAUCUGUAUCAUCUAUUCCUCUCAAAUGAACUACUGCCUGAUUUUCCCACUCAAAUAAAAAUAAAAAUGUUUUACCACUCACAAGGGGAGAAAUAGCUUGCUGUGAGGAAAGUGUGGAAGAAAGACUUGUGUAAUCUUUAAAAACUUGUGUACUUCUUCUCUCCCUGAAGUUAUUUUUAAACUGAAAACGUCUUUGUAUUCACGUAACAGUGGAUUUUAGCAAGUUGUGCAGUGUUACACCAGACUAAUCAUCAGUUUUGCCAGUCUGUGACUUGAAUUUUGUAUAAAAAGAGACAUUUGUUGGUUCUUAAUCAAACAGGGAGAAACACAAAUCCUUCUUGUGGUAGUUCUUUUUGUGUGGAUACAUGGAAAUGUGAGUGGGACUCCACUGGUGUUGGUUUUGAGUUUUAUAGUGUACUGUGUGAAGGGUGCAUGAAUCCCGACAGUGGGGGC